AUGGAUGGAGGACAGGUGAGCAAGAAGGAUCUCGGGGGCGUGCUCAUGCAGGCCAUGCUCGCCGCGAAGAACCUCCGGCCCCAGCGCGACCGCCUCGUGCAGCUCCGGCGCCGGCUGCAGCAGCAGCGGAGCGCCGGCGGCGACGACGACGCCGAGUGGGUCAAGGAGCUCGCCUCCAACCUCUUCAAGGUCUACUUCAUCGGCAUCGAGGCCGGCGCUCGCAUGCUCAUCUCCUGCCUCGAGCUGGCAGCCAAGGGCGGCGCCCGCCGCGCCUUCAAUCCCGCCAUCAUCUUCAUCCGCAACGAGCAGCUCUACGACGUGCUGAUCGCGCUGGGCUUCCCCGCGCGCCCGACCACCCAGACGGAGGCCUUGGCCCUCGUCAAUCUUACCUUCAACGCCGUCAAGCUGGCCCAGGAGCACCACAUCCCCCGCUGCAUCGAGCUCCUCAUCGGCGAGCGGCCGCCCAACCCUUCCAGCAAUUCGCCAAGAACGGCCUCCCCAGCCCGCAGCAUCGACCUGGACCAGGCGCUCACCUACCUCCACCGCGGGUGCUCCCUCGCGAGCCUCGCCGUCAAGCACAUCGACCUCGCCGUCGCCGUCCUCUCCAGCUUCCUCGACCCCGAGAAGGUCGCCAGCCUCUCCGAAUUCACCGACAAACGCGCAUACAUAUCUGAGGAUUUCAUCGCCUGGCAUUAUGAUCUUUCUGGAUUUUCUCUGUCAAAAGCGCUUAUAGGUUCACGUGACACUGAUGAAAGACCAAUUGGGAACAACAUCUGGACUGCUGCUGUUCCUAAAAAGAUUCCUAUAUUUGGGUGGAGAACUGCUCGUAAUAAUCUAGCUACUAUGGUCAAUAAGUGGAGGAGAACGCGGGAAACAAAAGGCGUUUGCAAAAUCUGCGUCACAUAUGACAAGACAGCUAUCAGGCAACAGUCAGCUGCACCAAGGCAAGAGCACUCCAACAGGUUUUGGAAAAUUCCUGAUAAGCGAUCCUUCAAAUACACAGGCAUAGACAGGCUACCAGUGGUGCUUGCCAAUUGCAGUAAAUAG